AUGUUUGGCCAAAGAAUAUGCUUUGCCCUUGCUAAGGCAGGCAUUAACAUUAUCAUAGCAGGGCGUAACGACAACAAGGUAAAUGAAUUGAAAGCCAUUAUAGCUUCAAAAUACCCAAACGCUAAGGUGAAAACUGCUGUAUUUGACGCCUACCAAAACUUUAAUACUGAACUAUUAAAAUUAAAACCUGCGGUAGUAAUCAAUACUUAUGGUCCGUUUCAAAAUGCUAGCUAUUCAAUUGCUGAAAUUUGUAUACAAAAAAGAAUUCACUAUAUAGAUCUAGCUGAUGACAGAGAUUUUGUCAGUGGUAUUCAUGUUCUAGAUGAGCAUGCCAAGAGGAAUAGUGUAUUAGUAGUCAGUGGAGCUAGUACUGUUCCUGGAUUAUCAUCUGCAGUAUUAGAGAAAUACAAAGAUAAAUUUUCCCAAAUAGAAUCGUUAAUAUUUGGUAUUACCCCAGGAGGAAAAACACAGCGUGGUCUUGCUACAACACAGUCUGUACUCUCUUAUUUAGGCAAACCGCUGAAACCAUACCCUAGUUACAUAAAAAAAUGUUAUGGUUGGCAGAAUAUUUAUUGUCAAAAUUAUCCAGAAAUUGGUAAACGUUGGAUGGCUAAUUGUGAUAUACCUGAUCUCGAAUUAUUUCCUGAACGUUAUGGUAUGAAGCAUAUUCAGUUCUCCGCUGGUAUGGAGAGCAGAAUACUGCAUUUUUGUAUAUGGAUAAUGUCCUGGCUGGUUAGAUUAGGGUUGCCAAUUCAGCUAAAGAAAUACGCAAAGUUUUUUCUGUAUAUCAGUCACUGGUUUGAUUGGAUGGGUACACAAGAUGGAGGAAUGCAUAUGCUCAUCAAAGGCAAAGAUAAUAAAGAUAAUAUAAAGGAAAUACAAUGGUUUAUUAUUGCAAAAGAGGGUGAUGGGCCGCAAAUUCCAUGUGUACCAGCAGUAAUACUCGCUAAAAAGCUGCUAGCUGGAGAUAUUAAAGAAUAUGGUGCUAUGGCUUGUAUGGGACUAAUUACAUUGGAAGAAUAUAUGCAGGA